AUGACAAGCUCCCUCUCAGACCCCCAAAAUGCAAACCGUGCGACCCCAACAAUCGAGGCCGCAAAUGCAACCCUCCACAUAGGUAGCUCAACCUUCAUCGCCGCUCCCUCCACAGCUAUCUGGGCAGCCCUAACAAAUACCUCCACCUGGCCAUCCUGGAACGAAUUUGUCCCACGAGUAACCAUCCGCUCCCAACCAAAUACCGAAAGUAACAUCGACACCGAACUCUCCCCAAUCCUUCAACGCGGUACGAAGAUGACCUUCCACGUCCGUAUGGAUCCCACCUCGACCAAGCCCCAAAAGGCCACUGAUACACAGCUCGUUGUUACGGAGUUCGAGGCGCCGAAUCCGGAGACGAAUACGGCUGGUCGCAUCGUUUGGGCUUCGGAUUCUGAGGCUCCGGGUGGGUUCUCGGCUUCUUUGUUGACGGCGGAGCGGGAGCAUGAGAUUAAGGAUGUGGAAGGGGGGACGGAAGUCAGGAAUUGGGAGAAUCAAGUUGGGUGGCUCGUUUAUGCUGUUAAGUGGAUGUAUGGAAAGAGGCUUGAGCGAAAUUUUGACUUGUGGGUUGAGGAUUUGAAAAGGUUUGUUGAGGGGGAGUAG